AUGGAAGAGGAACCAAGGGUGGAAAAAGAACAUGCGGAUUCAAUGAUAACACAUGAAAUGGUUUCUACGCAUGGAGUCAUAGAAAGGAAUCAUGCUGUCCAGUUUGAAGUUGAUAGUCCUACGGUGCAGUUGUUGGUGAUGAAAGACAAGCCGAACAGAGUUUCCCUUGAUGCGGGUCAGAUAGCGCUAGUUUCAGAAAUAUUAGAGAUGGAAUGUAGGACUCAAUUAACAGUUGGAAAUGAUGGUGAACUGGGGGAGGAACCGACUGGUUCAAGAUCAGAUCCGAAAUAUGGAGAUGCCCCUGGCGUACUGGCGCGACACAAAUCUUAUACUUCGGAUCCUGAGCAUGACCAGCCGAGAUGCAUUUGGAAUUUACGUGGGCUUGGUAGUUCCCGUAAUCGUUUAAAAAGUUUAGUUAAGAAGAAUGGAGUGCAUAUUGUAGGGAUUUUGGAUCCUUUUGUUGAUGUGGAUAAAAUGUCAAGAUUGGCUAGUAUGUUGGGGUUAUCGAAUUUUUGCAGUAAUGCAGAAGUUGACGGUAAAAUUUGGAAUUUCUGGAGUGACGAUUGUGGGUGGGAGCCUUUAUCUAUGACUAAUCAAGUAAUUAUUGGAAGUUUUCUUUUUGGUGAAGAGAAGCUUUUAAUUUCUUUUAACUAUGCUAAGUGUAACAGCAUAGAGCGUCGUGAGUUAUGGCAAAGUUUAGAGGGGAUUGAUGAUAAUGAGAUUUCUUGGAUUGUGGUAGGGGAUUUCAAUAUUAUCCGGGAAGAUAGUGAAAGAGUUGGUGGUCAUCCUAGAUCAAUUACAGCGAUGGAGGAAUUUAAUAUUUGUAUUGAUCAUUGUGGUUUAUUGGACCUCCAUGUGGUGGGUCGCAAACUUUCGUGGUGCAAUGGCCAUGGGGGGCUUUCCCUCAGCUGGGCUCGUCUUGAUAGAGUGUUGACUAAUAUUCAUUUUGCUAACAGAUUUCCUCAAGCUUAUUUUGAAUACCUUAAUCGGAAAACUUCGGAUCAUUGUCCAAUGACCAUUAGUUUUCAAAAACAGGUGGUUAGCUACGGGCCUCAUCCUUUUCGUUUCCAAAAUAUGUGGGCUUCGCAUGGUGAUUUCAAGAGAUGUGUUGAAGAAGUUUGGAAGUUGCCUACUACUUCGGUGGGUUUGUGUCGUCUGGCAGAAAAAUUGAAGAAAACAAAAAUUACAUUACGCGCUUGGAAUAUACUGGUCUUUGGGCAUGUUGGUCAGAAUAUUAAAGACUUAGAAGAAAGAUUGGAGGUCCUCGAGAGUCGCUUACAAGAUGGUUAUGAUCAGGAUGUCGAAUGUGAUUUCUUGGUCACAAAACUUGAGCUGGAAACUUGGGAAAGACGUGAAGAAAUCAGGAUUUCACAAUUGGUGAAGAAGAAAUGGAUUUCCGAAGGAGAUAAUAAUACUAAAUUUUUCCAUGCUGUUGUCAACCAAAGAAGAAAUUCUAAAAUUAUCUCUAAUAUGCGGCUUGAGAAUGGAGAUUUUUUGAAUUCCCCUGACAGGUUCAUCAAGGUGGAUCUUGCUCCUCUAAUUCAGUGCUCGGUUACUGAGGAGAAUAAUUUGGCACUCAUCAUGGCCCCUUCUGAGACUGAGAUUUUGGAUGCGUUAAAAUCCAUCCCUAAGGAUAGCUCUCCUGGACCGGAUGGUUUUGGCUUGGGAUUCUACCUAAGCUGUUGGGAUUUGAUCAAAGAGGAUGUCGUUGCGGCAGCCAAGGAUUUUUUUUCCGGUUCUAUUUUACCAAGAUUUUAUAUAGCAUCUUAUCUGGUGCUGAUUCCGAAGGUGGAGGACCCCAAGAAUUUUGAUAAGUUCCGUCCUAUUAGUCUAUAUUCAGUCGCCUACAAAAUUUUUUCUAAGGUCCUAGUAAAAAGGAUGACUUCUAUGUUAUCUCAGUUGAUUUCUCAUGAACAAGGAGCUUUUAUUCCUGGCCGUAGCAUUUUCAAAAAUAUUACUCUGGCUCAGGAAAUCAUUCAUUCUCUGAAUAAGAAAACGAAGGUAGGCAACAUCAUGGUGAAGAUUGAUAUGGAAAAAGCUUAUGAUAGAGUUGACUGGAAGUUUUUGCUAAAUGUAUUGAAGUCAUUUGGUUUUUCGUCUCAGUUCUGUAAUCUGGUUAAGGAAUGUGUUCAGACCCCUUGGUUCUCUAUUAUGAUGAAUGGGACUUACAAAGGUUUUUUCCAACCAGCUCGGGGUCUUAGACAAGGUGACCCUUUAUCUCCUUAUCUUUUUAUUAUCAUGGAGGAAAUGCUUUCCAGAUUACUGUGUAAAAAUUUUGAAGAGGGUCGUAUUGGAUGUUUUUCGCAUCCGGUCGGUGCACCUAUUGUCUCUCAUUUACUUUAUGCAGAUGAUCUUCUUGUCUUUGUGACUGGUGGAAAACAAUCAGUUCUUAAGUUAAUGAACACUUUGGAAGUUUAUGAAAAGUGGUCUGGGCAGUUAAUUAAUAAGGAGAAAUCAACAUUUUUCUUUUCUAAAUCAAUUUCUACGGCCCGGCGUCGAAAUCUCAAGAGAACUACGGGUCUUGUCGAAGGUAAUUUCCCGCUUACUUAUUUGGGUGUUCCUUUGGUGUCUGGACGUCUUACAUCUAGAGAAUUGGAACCACUCAUUGAGAAGAUUAGGAGGAAAAUUGCUGGUUGGAAAGUUAAUUUAUUGUCGCAAGGUGGAAGACUUACGCUGAUGAAACAUGUUUUAGCAUGUAUUUCCACUCACAUGCUGGCUGUAUUAAAUGUGCCUUUGAGAGUGUUUAAAAAGCUCAAUUCAUUACUCUCUACAUUUUUUUGGGGAGAGUUGAAUGGCAGGCCUAGAAUGAAAUGGAUAUCUUGGGAGAAGGUAUGCAAACCGUAUAAGGAAGGGGGUCCUGGUAUGAGAAAUUUUGAUGAAGUGCAGCGGUCCCUUCACAUGAAGUUUGCUUGGAGAUUGUUAACUGUUGAUAAUCUUUGGACUAAGUUUUUCCGUGCUAAAUUUGUGAAACAUGGACAUAUUUUCAUGGCUGAGUCUAGAAGGAAUGCUUCCCGUUUCUGGAAGUCUAUUAUGACUAUGUUUCCUAAGGUGUUAGAUAAUGUUAUUGUUAAAGUAAGGGAGGGCAGGUCUUCCUUUUGGUUUGAUCGUUGGCUGGCAAGUGGACCGUUAUGUGCAAGUAGGAAUGUGGGGCAUUCUAAAAUCCGUAUUAAUGAUGUUUGGGCUGAUGGUUCAUGGGAUGAGAAUUAUUUGUUAGAACUAGUUGGUUUGGAGAAAAUAGAGGAAAUUAUGAAUGUUGUUGGGGCUGGUAAGGUGGGUAGUGAUAUCACCAUUUGGAAACCUGCUAUUAAGGGAGAUUUUACAUCGGCGUCUGCUUGGGACCUUAUUCGUACUAUAGGUAUUCAGUUGGCAUCUCGGUGUAAUUGUUGUGCGAUAGGUCAUACAGAAAGCUUAAAUCAUGUGCUAUGUAAUGGUAGUAUUGCCUCGGCAGUUUGGAGGUGGGCAGCCAUUACGCUGGGUAUUCAUCAUGUGGAUGGUAUGCCUUGGUGGACGACGGUUAUGCACUGGUUCUCUGUUGCGAAGAAGUCGUCUCAUAGAGGGAUCCUUAUAGGUACCAUUCCGUCGGUUAUAACCUGGAGGCUUUGGAUGCGGCAUUGUAAAGCCCGUAUGGAAAAUUACUCUGAAUCGGCCUUAGAUGUCUGCCUCGCAGUGAAAGUCUGGCUCCAGAGGAUUUCAUCCCUGAUGGUGAAACAUUGGACAAUUUCGGCUAGGGAUGAAGCUAUUCUUCAGGCGCUUGAUGUUCAUUACGUUGAUCAGGUUAAGUCUAGUCCAAAACUGGUUUACUGGAGGAAACUGAAUGCUGGGUUGAUUAAAUUGAAUAUUGGUGGGGGAGGAGUCAUUCGUGAUGAGAGAGGUAUUUUCAUAGGUGCUUUCUCUUCUUGUUUUGGUCAUGGUACGAAUAAUGAGGCUGAAUUGAGAGCUCUUAUUUCUGGACUUGCUUUAUGUAAAGAAUUGGGUUUUACUCAAAUUAGUAUUGAAAGUGACUCUAGCUUGGUUGUAUCUUGGCUAAGUAGUCGGAAAUGCACGGCUUGGUAUUUAUGGGAUUAUUGGGAUGAACUUUUGAUGUUAUUAAGUGACAUGAAUUUUUCCAUUGAUCAUCAGUUUCGCGAGGGGAAUAAUGUAGCAGAUUUCCUUGCUAGAAUGGGCGAGGGAGGUUUUAAUAACAUGUUUUAUGAUUUUAGUUCAUUGCCUCGUAAGGUGAAAGUGCCGACGUCGGAGGAGGUUAAAAGAUCUUUUUUGUCUAUUCUUGCGGACAGCAGCCCAAGUCCUAAUGGUUACCUGGCUAGUUUCUUUAUUAUAGCUUGGGAUAUUGUUAAAGAAAAUCUUUUGGAGAUGGCGAGAGAUGUUUUUGAAGGACAACCUAUUUCUACGUUCUUUGGUGCUACAAAUUUGGUUCUAAUUCCUAAGGUUGGUGAGCCUUUGGGAUUUGGACAAUUUCGGCCUAUUAGUCUUUGUUUGGUUGCGUAUAAAAUAGUGACGAAGAUUAUGGUUUCUCAAUUGGCACCUAUUCUUGAGAAAAUUAUUUCUUUGGAGCAGUCAGCGUUUAUUCGGGAUAGGAGUAUGUUUUAUAAUAUCUCCUUGGCGUAA